AUGCUGUCCAUACAUGUUAGUCUUUGCUUGUGGCUUUGUUCGCUGUUGGCCAGCGCCUUUCCCACCGAAGCCCAAGCAAACAGUUUAGGAAUUUCCCAGGAAACCUUUGAAACUCUCGAAGAACUCGCUCGCAUCGUCGACAUCUCCUACUGCGUCGGAACCAGUGGCAUUCAAAAGCCCUUCAAAUGUCUUAGUCGAUGUAGCGAUUUCGAAGGCUUCGAAUUGGUUACCACAUGGAAUACCGGACCCCUCCUGUCCGAUUCCUGCGGCUACAUUGCUGUGUCGCAUGCUCCCUUUCGGAAACGAGUCAUCGUCGCCUUCCGCGGCACGUACUCAAUUGCCAACACCAUUGCCGAUUUGUCCACCAACCCUGCCGAAUACGCGCCGUUUCCGUCCCAAAGCGACAACGACUCUGUUUGCGCAUCCGUCGAACCCCAUGACGAACAGGAGCCUCUUCUGCCACAACUGUUGAAACAAUCCGAGAAAAGAUCUUUAUUGCAGUCGGAAUGUCUAAAUUGUACUGUUCACGCUGGAUUCAUGACCUCGUGGAGAAACACACGGUGCACAAUCGUCCCACACGUCGAGAAGGCUCUCGAGGAACAUGCAGGCUAUGAACUAGUCUUGGUCGGACAUUCACUCGGCGGCGCUGUAGCCGCGCUCGCCGCAUUAGAAUUCCAAGCACGCGGCUGGACACCUCAUGUCACAACCUUUGGCGAACCACGUAUUGGAAAUCUUGCCCUCAACCAAUUCAUCGACAAGCGGUUCAACCUGGACACCGCGGAUCCAGAGCAAACCUUAUAUCGCAGGGUCACGCAUGCGAAUGAUCCUGUACCUCUGCUGCCAUUGGAGGAAUGGGGUUAUAGAAUGCACGCCGGCGAGAUAUACAUUUCCAAGUCAUCAUUGCCGCCCACUCGAGCCGAUAUAUACCACUGCCAGGGGGAUGAAGACCCAUCUUGCAUUGCGGAUGGAAGCACAACGUCGGCUGAUAGGGAUAUCGCCGGUGUUGAUGCGGAGGAUCCCCAGAACGAGUCGAAAAUCAAAACCAUGUGGGGCAUUGGCCGCCGAUACAGGCUGUGGGAAUUGUUCUUUGCACAUCGGGAUUAUUUCUGGAGGCUGGGCCUCUGUGUCCCGGGUGGUGAUCCUUGGGAUUGGUCGAGAGGCAAGUACAACGUGAGCGUGAUGAAUGACGUACUAUGA